AUGUCCAAAGGUGAUAAGCUGAAUAAGAGCCAAUGUCCUAAGAAUGAGCUAGAGAAGGAGGAUAUAAAAAACAAACCUUAUUCCAGACUUGUGGGCAGCUUGAUGUAUGCUCAAGUGUGCACACGACCAGAUUUAGCAUAUGCAGUAGGUAUCUUAGCUAGAUUUCAAUCUAAUCCAGGCCAUGAGCACUGGAUCGCUGGAAAGAAAGUGUUAAGAUACUUACAAAAGACCAAAAAUUAUUGUUUGGUUUAUAGAAAAGUGGAUGAACUUGAAGUGGUAGGUUACUCAGACGCCGAUUUUGCAGGACAAUAUUCUGAUUCUGGAAAAUCAACUUCUGGAUAUGUGUUUAUGCUUGCUGGAGGUGCAAUAGCUUGGAAAAGUGUGAAGCAAACUCAGACUGCCGCUUCCACCAUAAUGGCAGAAUACAUAGCAAUCUAUGAGGCAACUUCUGCAGUUUAUUUCACUAAGAACAAUAAGAGGUCGACAAAUUCUAAGCAUAUAGAUUUAAAGUACUAUAGUGUUAGAGAGAGGGUCAAACACAAGGAGCUUGAAAUUGUUAAAAUUCAUACAUUGAAGCAGUUGGCUGAUCCUUUUACUAAGCCUCUAACGGUGGUAGCUUUUCAGGCUCAUGCCAAGAAUAUUGGCAUACUUCCUGCCUUGGAUGCAGAUUUUUAG